CAUACAUCUGCAUGACAUGAUUGCACAGCUUCCAUCCGAAGAAGUCGAAGAGGUGCCUGAACUGUAUUUAAACCCAUGAUUGAGAAAACCAUGGACCUUUGGUCUGAACCAUAGUCUACACUUUGGUCUUCGCACUGCUAUCAAUUAGUUGUUGUUCAGAUUGUUUUGCUCUGAGUUACUAGUGUGCUUUUGUGACUGUUGAUCAAGAAAAAAUGCCCACUAAGAAGAAAGUGAUAGUAACAGGGUUCGAGCCAUUUGGCGGAGACAAAGUCAACUCCAGCUGGGAGGCAGUGAAGGAACUGAAGCGGUUAGGGCUCGGCAACUCAGUGGACCUUCACGUGCAAGAGAUCCCUGUUGAAUACCGGGCUGUGAAGGACCUACUGCCAUCGCUCUGGAAACAGCAUCAACCCCACCUUGUGGUCCAUGUGGGUGUGUCUGGGAUAGCCACCACGGUGACUCUGGAGCAGUUGGGAAACAACCUGGGCUACAAGCGCCCGGACAAUGUUGGCUACAGCCCAGAGUGUGGGUGUUGUGUGGUGGGUGGUCCCGAAACCAUCCACUCUGUCCUGGACAUGGAGGGGGUCCGCCAGAGGGUGAAAGAGUCUGGCCUCGGGGUCGCUGUGUCCACGUCACUGGAUGCUGGAAGGUACCUCUGUGACUACUCCUACUACACGUCUCUGUACGCGGGGCAGCGCAGGUGUGGCUUUGUGCACGUGCCCCCUCUGGAGGAGCCCUACAGCAGCAAGGAGCUGGGGCUGGCCCUCCAGGCCGUGGUGACGGAGAUGCUGGGGCUCCUCGCCAAGGCGGAGGGCACAGAGAAGUAACCACACAGCUCCUGCUGCCAGCCGCCCCAUGAACCCCCUCCCCCUCUCCCAGUCCAUGAGGCCCCGCCCGCCCCAGGCAGGUGUACCGAUUGAACCCAAUGCCCUAAAGGGGCUGGGACCCAGGAGGAGCCAUGGAUCAGGUGGGGGCGAGCUGUAUCAUGGGACCACGACCAGAACUGAUGAACUACUUCAAUAAAACAACUGCAAUCCAAA